AUGCUUAUUGCUACUAAUAGUAUAACAGAGAUAAAUGAUUUGAAGAAACUGUUAAGUAAGGAGUUUGACUUGAAAGAUUUAGGUGAAGAUAGGAAAGUUCUUGGAAUGGAGAUUCACAGGAAGAACGGUGAGGUACAUCUCUUACAGAAAAGACUUUCUUCUUUGAUGGCACCGCAAUCAAAGGCAGAGGUGGAGUACAUGUCAAAAGUUCCUUAUUCUAGUGCAGUUGGUAGCAUUAUGUAUACUAUGGUUUGCACUUGGCCUGAUGUUGCUCAAGCAGUGAUUGUGGUGAUACUGAUAGAAAGAGAUAAACAACGGGCUAUAUCUUUACUCUUGCAGGAGUUCACAUCAACUGAUGCGUUAGGAUGGAGAAAGGCGGGGCAAGGUAGAGCUGCUAGCAAUAUGGAUGAUGAUGGUAAUCCUAUUCAAAAUCCACCAAUGGCGGUCGUCGAAGAGGCAGCGGGGGCAGACUAUGCAGUCGCCAUUCAGCCCCCGCCUCUAAUUGGAAACUCGAGUUUCCACGUGACAAACACCAUGCCACACCUGCUCAACACUAAGGGCCUAUUCGCCGGUCUACCCAAAGAUGAUCCGAAUAGGCACCUUAAGAACUUUCUUAGGGUAUGCUCAACCAAUGUGCAUCCGGGCGUCUCAAUUGAACUAGUCAAGCUACUAUUCUUCCUGUACUCCCUAACGAAGGAAGCCACGGCUUGGUUAGAUAAUCUUCUGUCCGGGUCCAUCACUACUUGGGAGGAAUUGACCGAAUUAUUCCUCAAGAAGUUCUUCCCUCCAUUCGGGAUUUUGCAACUUCGUGACGAAAUCAACAACUUUCGUCAACUUCCUAAUGAGGCUCUCCAUGAAACUUGGAUUCAUUUUAAAAAGAAAGUCAAAAGCUGUCCCAAGCAUGGGUUGCCCGAUAGUGUGCUUCUACAAACAUUUUAUAGGUCUUUGGACUCGGUCAACAAAUCCGUGGCGAACAACAUUGCGGAAGGAUCUAUUAUGGAUAAUUCUUAUGCCACAGUUUGUAAAUUGUUGGAUAAAUUGACCGAGACUAAUGAAGCAUGGCAUACCAGAGAGUUGGAAGUAGGUGGAGGAAGUUCCUCCAAAAAUGUGCUCACUCGUGAAAUGAUCAAGAAGGAGGAAGAAAGAGAUGAGUCAAUGGCAAAACUUAUCACCCAAAUGGACCUCCUUACAAAACAUGUCAUGGGUGGUGGAAGCAAAGCGGUGAACGCGGUAGGAUCUUGUGAAGGGGGUUCUCCGGAUGAGCAUAAUUCCAAAUGUAUGAUGAGAAGGCAAAUUAUAUCAACAAUCAAACUGAGGGUUCCCGGCCAAACUACCAAGGUCCUAAUCAAGGAUCUUGGCGGUAAGGUCAAGGGAAACAAGGUUGGAACAAGGAUCAAGGUAACUCAGGGUGGAGAGAUAAUCGCAAAAACAACCAAGGGGGGUUAUAACAACAACUACAACAAUCAUCGGAGUUCAAAUCCGUAUGUCCCUCCAAAGGGGAAUCAACAAAACUCUAGUCAACCGCCUACUAACGACCCCGCUAGUUCAAAAAUCGAAGAUAUGUUGUCAAGAGUGUUGAAGAAAGUGGAACCCACCGAUACCUUUUACAGGGAGACGAGAGAUAAGAAUGAUGGUGAUCAUAAAUACAAUGCAAUCACUACUAGGAGUGGCAAACCAAUUGGGGAAGAGGCAUUGGUGAAAGAUGAUGAGAAAAUGUUUGAAGAAUCCAUCGUUGUUGAGGAAGAAGUGACUCCAAAGAAGAAACGGGCUGGUAUUGAAAAGACCAUUAUUGUGGAAGAUGGUCCGGAAAUUGUUGAAGCUCCAAAAGGCAAGGAAGCGGUAGAGGAGAUGCCAAGGGCUUCACCACCCGUUCCAAGGCCUCCUUCUCCAUUUCCUCAACGAUUGGCAAAGAAAGCGAAUGAUGGAAAAUUUCUCAAAUUUAUAGAGAGAUUGAAAGGGAUUUCAAUUAACAUUCCCUUGGUAGAAGCACUUGAACAAAUGCCCGGUUAUGCCAAAUUCAUGAAAGAUCUUGUAACCAAUAUGAGGCAUGCUAGUUUUGAAACAAUGGGAGUUACACAUCAUUGUAGCUCUAUUGUGACGAAGGCCUUGAUUCAAAAGAAAGAAGAUCCGGGAGCUUUCACCAUCCCUUGCACAAUUGGAAUGUAUAAAUUUGGCAAAGCACUAUGUGAUCUUGGAGCAAGCAUUAACUUGAUGCCGCUUGCUAUUUUCAACAAAUUGGGGUUACGCACUCCGCGACCCACAACAAUGAGAUUACUAAUGGCGAAUAGAACUAUGAAGAGACUGGUUGGUAUCCUAUAUGAUGUGCUUGUAAGGGUUGAUCGAUUCAUUUUUCCGGCCGAUUUUGUGAUCUUAGAUUGUGAAGUUGAUUUUGAGGUGCCCAUAAUCUUGGGGAGACCUUUUGUGGCCACAGGGCGUGCUUUUGUAGAUGUGGAAAGGAAUGACCUAAAAUUUAGAAUGAAUGAUGAAGAAGUCACUUUCCAUAUUUUCAAGUCAAUGAAACAAUUGACGGAUAUGAGUGUUGUGUCGGUUAUUAAUACGAUUGAUGAAGCCAUGGAUACAACCGUUGAGUAUGAGCAUAUGGGUGAUAUGUUUGGCGGUGGUGAUAAUGAACUAUGA